CAGUAACACUAUCCUCUUUAUGACUUGCAGCAAACCAGAGAAUGCAUUCAAUCAAAUGAACCGAUCUUGUAGAAACACUGGAAUCAUUUAUGCAUUGCAGUUUCUCUUUCUUGUUUUCGCUCCUUCUUCCCUGGGAUAUUUCGAGUGGAUUGUGGCUAUUAAUCAAGGUCUCCUGCUAUUCGUGAUUUGCUUGUCAUUUUCGCUCAGGAUUAGCAUCAUUCAAGGCAAACGCAAAGCUGCCUUUUUUCCCUCACUCUUUUUUGAAAAAUCAUUUUUUGGGGGCUGCCGAAGAGAGCUAGGACCCAGGAGACACCUUCCCAAACAGCAGGGGUUGUGUGCUUUCACAUAGCAGUACUGUACAAGGAAAACCCCGUCGGAUCUGUUAUUGCGGGAUACUUGUGAAAUAUACAUAGGAUUCUUUCUUAUGGCUGCAUCCCGCAUCUGGAAAUUUUACUUCGGGACCAAAAAGAUCUGAAAGGCUACACGUAUAAAGAAGAUUGCAAGGAAGACUCAGAAUCUUGUCAUAGAGCUAACAGACUUCCUCACUUAUCGGCCUUUUUCCUUCCUUCUUUUUAUUAAAUUUUUUUCUUCCCUCCUUUUUUUGCUCUCUCCUCUCUCAGGCUCUCUUUUUCGAUUUGCCUCUUCUUCUUUUUUUCCCCUAGUCUUCUUCUUUAUUUCUCCCCUGCUCUGCACCUGGAUUGUAUCUUCACCAAACAAUCGGGCACUUUGAGAACUAACUGGAGGCAGUCUUGUAGGGGGAGAGCUGUAUGGAAUUAUCUGCUUUUAUGGUGAACUUGGCAUUUGUGAAUGGGUAUCUUGUUCAUGAUACUAAUUGCUAGCAAAACCAAGAAAAAGAACAUAGGAGUAAAACGUGGAUUUUUCUGAAUACGCAUUGUGAUGACCAUCAAUUACCUUACCGAGUGAUAUCCAGAGAAGAAAAUUUUGGAAGACUGUUGUGGAAACACCACCUGGACCUCAAAUGCACUGCUGCCAAGAAGCCCUUUAACGAUAGCACGGAUGGCAAGGAGAGCCUUUAAAUUGGCCAAAGAGCUUCCUCUGCAGUCAUCCUAUCCAACGUGUGGGACCAGACUUUAAGAACUAGAAGAUGAAAGCUCCGAUUCCACACUUGAUUCUCUUAUAUGCUACUUUCACUCAGAGUUUGAAGGUCGUGACCAAAAGAGGCUCUGCUGAUGGAUGCACCGAUUGGUCUGUUGAUAUCAAGAAAUAUCAAGUUUUGGUGGGAGAGCCUGUUCGAAUCAAAUGUGCACUCUUUUAUGGUUAUAUUAGAGCAAAUUACUCCCUCGCCCAAAGUGCUGGACUCAGUUUGAUGUGGUACAAAAGCUCAAGUCCUGGAGACUUUGAAGAACCAAUAGCUUUUGAUGGAAGCAGAAUGAGCAAGGAGGAAGAUUCCAUUUGGUUCCGGCCAACAUUACUUCAGGACAGUGGUCUUUAUGCCUGCGUUAUCAGAAACUCCACAUACUGUAUGAAAGUAUCCAUCUCACUGACAGUCGGUGAAAAUGAUACUGGACUCUGCUACAAUUCCAAGAUGAAGUACUUUGAUAAAGCUGAACUUAGCAAAAGCAAGGAAAUUUCAUGCCGUGACAUAGAAGAUUUUUUACUACCAAGCAGAGAACCUGAAAUCCUUUGGUAUAAGGAAUGUAGGACAAAAACAUGGCGGCCAAGUAUUGUGUUCAAAAGAGAUACCCUGCUUAUAAAGGAAGUCAGAGAAGAUGACAUUGGCAAUUAUACCUGUGAGUUAAAAUAUGGAGGCUUUGUUGUGAGAAGAACUACUGAAUUAACCGUCACUGCCCCUCUGACUGAUAAGCCACCCAAGCUUUUGUAUCCCAUGGAAAGUAAAAUGACAAUUCAGGAGACUCAGUUGGGCGACUCGGCUAAUCUAACCUGCAGAGCAUUCUUUGGGUACAGUGGAGAUGUCAGCCCUUUAAUUUACUGGAUGAAAGGAGAAAAGUUUAUCGAAGAUCUGGAUGAAACUCGAGUCUGGGAAAGUGAUAUUAGGAUUCUUAAGGAUCAUCUUGGGGAGCAGGAAGUUUCCAUCUCAUUAAUUGUAGACUCUGUAGAAGAAGGCGACUUGGGAAAUUACUCCUGUUAUGUUGAAAAUGGAAAUGGACGUCGACAUGCCAGUGUUCUCCUUCACAAACGGGAGCUGAUGUACACAGUUGAACUUGCUGGAGGGCUUGGUGCUAUCCUUUUGCUGCUCAUCUGUCUGGUGACCAUCUACAAGUGUUAUAAGAUAGAAAUCAUGCUCUUCUAUAGGAAUCAUUUUGGGGCCGAGGAGUUGGACGGAGACAAUAAAGAUUAUGAUGCAUACUUAUCGUACACUAAAGUGGAUCCUGACCAGUGGAACCAAGAGACUGGGGAGGAAGAACGGUUUGCUCUUGAAAUCCUACCUGAUAUGCUAGAAAAGCAUUACGGAUACAAGCUGUUCAUACCAGACAGAGAUUUAAUUCCAACUGGAACAUAUAUCGAAGAUGUGGCGAGGUGUGUAGAUCAAAGCAAACGGCUAAUUAUUGUCAUGACCCCAAACUAUGUAGUCAGAAGGGGCUGGAGCAUCUUUGAGCUGGAGACCAGACUUCGAAACAUGCUUGUGACUGGAGAAAUUAAAGUGAUACUAAUUGAAUGCAGCGAACUCCGAGGAAUUAUGAACUACCAGGAGGUGGAGGCCCUCAAGCACACCAUCAAGCUCCUCACGGUUAUUAAAUGGCAUGGACCAAAAUGCAACAAGUUGAACUCUAAGUUCUGGAAACGUUUACAAUAUGAAAUGCCUUUUAAGAGAAUCGAACCCAUUACACACGAGCAGGCUUUAGAUGUUAGCGAGCAGGGGCCUUUUGGAGAGCUGCAGACUGUCUCGGCCAUUUCCAUGGCUGCGGCCACCUCCACAGCUCUAGCCACUGCCCAUCCAGAUCUCCGUUCCACCUUUCACAACACGUACCACUCACAAAUGCGUCAGAAGCACUACUACCGAAGCUAUGAGUAUGACGUACCUCCUACUGGCACCCUGCCUCUAACCUCCAUAGGAAAUCAACACACCUACUGUAACAUCCCUAUGACACUCAUCAACGGGCAGCGGCCACAGACAAAAUCAAGCAGGGAGCAGAAUCCAGAUGAGGCCCACACAAACAGUGCCAUCCUGCCACUGUUGCCAAGGGAGACCAGUAUAUCCAGUGUGAUUUGGUGACAAAAUCGAGGGACACCCUGUCCCUGAGCAUUUGAGUGGGUCUGCAGUCCAGUGCCUGGAACUAAAUCCUCGACUGCUGCUGUUAAAAACAUGCAUUACAAUCUCUAGAACACGAGGAAAAACAGGGUCUUGUACAUAUGUUUUUUGCAAUUUCUUUGUAGCAUCAGUGUCUUCCUGUUUUACCAUGUCUCUUACCAUCACAUUUUUGACUUUGUUUUAUAUGUCAUUGGAAUUUGUAAAUUUACAUUUUUUUAAAGAAGAGACUUAUGUAUAGAUAGAAAACCCUUUUUUGCUUCGUUAGUUUACUUUUAGAAUGGGUUUUUAUUUCCUUUUCUUGAUUUUCUUUUGCUUUUAACAUUUCCUUGGGGUGCUUGGACAAAUCUAUCCACUGGGACAAGGAGCACCGGAUCCUCUCUUUGGUUCUGCCUAGAAUCAGCAGGGCCACUUGGGCCUUCAGAAUGCAGUGCAACGAACGCCAGGAUUGCCAUUUGUGGGGAAAAAAAAGAAGAACACUUGUUUAUAGGAGGGCCCUGCCAAUCAGAGCCCUGAAUCUCUUCCUUGUCCCGCCUCAUUCCCCACCACUAUCUUUCUAAUGGUGGCAUGAUGUGUAAACUCUGAGGAGGGGUGGGGGUGGGCCUAACUGUCUUAACAUUUAAUUCACUGCUCGUCAGAAUACACUCCAGACCCAAAAGUGUGCUAGCCACUUGACUGUGAUCAAUGCCUAGUGCUAAGACGAGAAGAUCAAGGGCACGAAAAUGGGGGGAGAGAGUGUUGUUUCCGUUUGUUAAAUGAGUUGAUGUACCCUUAUAUAAAUAUAUAUAUAUAUAAACACACAACAAAACAAAAUAAACAAAAAAAACACAAAAAAUCCACAAAAACAACAAAAAAAAUCAAACCCUAUAUUUGACCACUUCCUGGAAAGGCAUGAAUGUGUUUGUGACUGUUUUUGUUUAAUAUUCUACUUCCUCUUUUCCCUCUAUAAUUUUACUGCAAAUGAGAUUAUGUGCAAAUGCCAGGCAAGUUAUCUCAGAAGGGUGAAUCAACACAAGUCUAAUGAAAUUUACAUUGAAGGCUUCCAAACCAAAGGGAAGGACAGGAUGUGUCAUCAAAUAUGUUUUGUCACUUUGUAUUAUACAAAAUGUUAUUUUCUAAAGAGUCAGAAAAAAUCUGUGAAACUUAUUAUGGGGUCCCUUGUAUUUAAGUGUGAAUUCACUGUAUUUACUUUUCACUGCUACAUUCAGAAUCAAGUGUUUGGUUUCAAUUUGUGAAAAUAUGCAAAACUUGUUAAUAGCAGAGUGUUUAUAUAAAAACUCAGAAGGUCGAACAUAAGCAUACCAACAGAAAUCAGUACUUCAAAGUGAACAUUAUUUAUAAAAAUAGUUUUUAAAUUAGAAGAGAAGGUGUUUCAAAUAAUUUUACUGUAUAAAGAAUUACUUUUCUUUUAACUGUAUAAUUGUAUCUUUCAGAAACAGAAAGCUGAUGCUCCCAGGAAAUACAUUCCUUACCAUUAACUUUAUGUUUGAAAUCAGUGACAUGAGCAGUUAAUAUAUAUUCAUAUUGAAGAUGAUGCAAAGUUAACCACAAAGGAACUUGCAGUGGGCAUAACUGUUAAAAUAUUACCUAAGUAGCUUUUAGUUAAAAAAUAUCAAUGUGAUUUAAAAAAAACACUGAUAAUAGAACUUCUACAUUGCUUUAGUGAUUCAUUGUAGGAACUUCCAUUCCAGUCAUUGUCUGUGGGCUCGUGUAGUGACUAUUGUAUGUUUGGUUUAUUCCUACCACCAAAUAAUGAGUAAACAAUUCUACAGUUUUGGUCACAAUACUAAGGUGUGAGUUGGCCACAAAAAAAAACCCAAAAAAACAAAAAAACACAAAAACACAAAAAAACCUACAACUUCAAGAGAGUUCACUGGGAGGGUAAAAUUGAAUUACAAAUGUAUGAGAGAUGAGUUUUAACAAUUUUGUAACAAUGCAAAGGUCUAAGUAUUUCUGUGACAAAGUAAAGGAGCCUUGGGAUGUGCAUUGAUUUUUAUUUGCUUAAAAAUGUUGAUUUCCCUGACAAUUCACCUGGGUCCUUCUCUGCAAUCUGUUCUUUAUUCCCGUGCUCCCCUUGGACCUGUGUCACUUUUUCACAAACCAGAACUGAAGCUUCAAGGACACAUAAACAUUAAUGUCAGCUUUGCACAACCAGUUAUUUUCAGAAUUCGAGAAGGCCAUUGUUUACUUUGUUCUAUGGACAUCUGUCAGGGACUGGUGGCAGUGAACCUCAUUGGACUGGAUUCCAGAUUCCCACAGUGCUCAGAAAACUGUAAACAUGGCAAUGGCCUGGUUUAUUUCUUUUUUUUUAAUUCUUUAAGUGCACGAUGGAAGUGUGGAAUAAAUGUAGAGGAAGUAAUCAGACCACAGUCAUAUUUUAGGCAUCCAUAGGUGUUAAUUUAGCUGCAUUGGGAGUACAUUAUUUGUUCUAUUUUUAGUGUAGAUUUAAGCACUUUGAACAGCAUGAUUCAGGGAUUGAUGGGUAAUAUUUGAUAUUCUCACAACUUAAGAAACGUUUUUAGUUUCCGCUAAUGCUUUGUCAUAUUUUAAAGAAAUGAAAUAAAUGGAGAAGCUAUCUACGCUUUAGAAACAUCCCUCCCAAGUAUUCCUCUCUCAGCUCCAUGUGAGAAAAAAAUGAAGGAAACUAUCAUGUGCUCACGUGCUCUGUGUUUAACAAAGGUUAUGUUAGAAUUCACAAUAAAAGAGAAAAAUAUUUCCCUAAUGCUUAGGUUUCAUCUCU